AUGGCAGGCAACGUUGUCAGCGAAAGGAGACGGCAACAGAAUAGAGAGGCCCAGCGAACCUACAGGAAAGGCCUACUCAAGCGCAUCGAGGAUCUCGAGAAUCAACGGAGUGCGUCCCCGGCAGGUUCAGGCGGGAGUGGCACCACCAAACCGACGCCGACUUCAACGAAUAAUCACGAGACGCAACGAGAUCACCAAACUAUGCCCCCCUCCGACGACGAGGCUUUCUCAUUCCGGUCCUCUCCGAUAUCCAGAGCUCUUAGUCUAGACCCCAUCAUCGAAUCUACCCUCAACCCACGGCGUGGUUUUAUGGACCCGCUGUCGGGCUACCCAACUUUCGAUCAUGAUGACAACUCCGCAAACACAGAUACCCAGACAGGCAUAUCAUUAUCUUCCUGGUUGAAAAACCAGGAGGCCAACGAAGCCAUCUUUGGAAAUCAGUCCACUAUAGGCGGAGUUGGCGGAACAGUACUCCACGCGGCCGUUGUGCACGGCAAUGAGGCCAUCGUCAAACUACUGAUCGAAAAGGGAGGAGACCUAAAUGCGCUGACGCAACAGCGCAAGGACACGCUUCAUCUGGCCGUAGAGAGUAACCAGAUGAACAUCGUCCGCCUCGUGCUCAAGGCGGGUGCCAAUGUGAACAGCGUAGAUGGGUGCGGGCACUCGGCUCUCUUCAAAGCCAUUUUAGGCGGGAACGAGGACCUGGUGCGUUUGCUUUUGGAAUAUGGUGCCGAUGUCAAUCAGUCUAUUGCACUUGUCCCCGAGGCAUCAAGAAUAGGCGUCACAAGUGUUGUAUCUGGCUUUGUAUGA